UAAACGGCGCUGCACUGUAAUACAAUUCUCUACUGGCGCACACUUAUGAAAGGGUUUACAAAGUAAUAUGGGGUACUGGGUGCUAUUGGCAAGAUAGUAUUUUCCACUAUAAAAAUACAUGGCCUUACUACAUGCCCUUACGAUAUAUUAUGUGCAUAUAAAUCGUACCACAUGCUAUGUCCAACAAAGCUCCGUGCUUUCUACGUGCCCCUGCCGGAAAGAACAAAUCGCUCAGGAAGGAUGCGCUUAGCCGCCCCUCCUGCUCGAAAGGGUGUCAUUAUUUUAUUAUUGAAUUCCUUUGACGAUUAUUAGAGGAAUUCCUCACCGACGGAAGAAGUUCGUGAGAAAAUUAAAUAUCUUAACUUCAUCAGUACCGGCAGCAGCACCCAGCACCACCUCGUUUGUCUGUUCUAUGCCCUUUUUCGUGUGCGGCUUUGCGACGCACAGAUAGACGUGGAGACGAGACCGGCAGCAGUAGUAGAACGUUUUCGUGGUGGGUCAAUGAGAUUCAGGCUGCUCUGGCGGGGUUAUAGUGCGUCAGGCAGGCAGGCAGGCAGGCAAGCAAUGGGGGGAAAAUGUAGGCUGAAUAGAGAUGAGAUAAGAUCCUGCUCAGCCCUUCAUCCACAUUCACUAGAUCCCGUACGGACGGACUUUUAGCUUUUGUUAGUGAUCGUACGACAAACAGAAUUUUCCACUCUCUACCCUCUGGAUUUUCUUCCUUGGGGAACACGGGAGCGGGGUACACGAUACGGAGGUAAACUUAAUCGUGGAAGCCCUAUUUGCCUAUUCCAGUUUCGCAGUCGCACGCAUUUGCGAAAACGAACCGAUGAUUACACUUUCGGCAAAGGGGAGGGUUUGGUAUUUUGAACUUAUCGGCCCGUCCGCUAUCACGGAAUUGAAAUCAUCAGUUAAAAAUAGCUUUCCAUACGGAAUGAAUAAAACGACAUUGGUAUUCCAUUUCAUUCGGCGUUGUAUCGGGAAAGCGGCCCCGGUUCGGAUAAAGAGGUGCAAUUGUCAAUCACUCUUUUGAAAUUUAGCAUAUCACUUAGAGAAAAUAAUGGUUCUCUUUCUAGCGCAAAUACUAACCAUUAACCAAAACACUUGAAAUAUAUCAUGUUUAUUAUUAUUUUUUUUUGUUAUUUUUACUUCAUUUAUUAAUGUUAAGAGAAGAGAUUUGGUCGUUUUAUACUGUUUUUAAUACAACACAAUUAGUUCAGAAUUCAUUAAAGAAGUGUUUUAUUAUUAUAAGUAUUACAAACUGUAACGAUCGAAUAGGCCUUAUCGGUGGUUAAGCCUCUUAAUCGUCAUUAAUUUGGUAUCUAAUUAUUCACUACAGAUAAGGCAAAAUAUAAUAAAGAAAUAAAUCGUCUGUCUGAGCUGUAUCUGUGAACCGGACACGCGACGGCAUCGAAGGCCGUGUGUUCGUUGACUGAGCCGCAGUAAUAGUUGGAUAAGAUGAGGAAAAAAUGAGGUAAACGGUGUAGUUAAGGGUGGAAGGAGCCAGCCAGCACACGGUCAAAGGCCUUCAGAUUUCAUGGUAACAAAAAUAUUAGUAAUCACGAUUGCGCCUCUCUCAUGUUGCGAAUAUUUCAGAUUUGUCGUUUGUCAGACUUUUGUUUUCAUUCCUUUCUGUUAUAUAGUGCAUGUGUUUUAAUAAUUGAGUAAGUCUCCUUAUAUUUUCAUCCUUUUUCUGACUUUGAGGCUUUCUGGGCAGUUUGCAAAUUAAAAAUACCUUCACUUGAUUGAUGAGGGCACUCUUUAGCUAUGCUUCUACUAAAAAUCAGGCCUGUAUAUUUCAAAAAUAUCUAAAAAAACAAGAACUUCAAAAAUGAUGUGAAUUUACCGUUGUUAAAUGGCUGCAUUUGCACUUGAUUUGAAGACAUAAAUGAUCUAAUUUUAGAAAAUAUAUCGAAUGAUUAUUUUUAGUUUUCCAUGAGUUUGUUUUUUUAUGCUGGUCUUUUUUUGCAUUCGCAUGGCCAAGUAGUAUCCUCAUCGAUGUGCGAAGAUAGUAUUUUGAUACGUGGUUUUAAAGAACUGUUCCGGAAACCUGAAAAUUGGCAGAUAUCUGGAGUAAUGCAUUCGAAUUAUUAAAUUUCCGAGCUAGCGCGACGGCCACUAUGAAGGUAUGAGUAAAUAUCAUAAACUGCUUUUUCCAUCUUCUCUUAUUUCUACAUAAUCAUGAGCUGAGAUUUUAAUGCAACAGGUGAUCAUACGCAACAUAGGAUUCAAUCCGUAGGCGAUUUUAUCUUUCCAACCAUUCUUCUCUAAACACAGACGCAGACAUAGCGAUAUCUCUUAUAUCGCUAUUAUCUAUUCUUAUAUAUUAAAUUUAUCUUUUAUUAUCAGUUUUUUAUUGCUCUUUCUCACUUUAUUUCCUUUGUUUUGUUAGUGCCCUAUUUGUUCGGUUGUGACCUGGUAAAUAAGUUAUUUUUUUCUCUGUAUUUUUCUGAGUAACAACGUCAGUCUUUCAAGUAGUUCGGUCCCUGCAAGGUCCUAAUGGAGCUCUAAAGUAGCUACUAAAAGUAAUCUAUUUUACUUAUGUAUGUAUUUAUGAAGUUUAUUAUUAUAGCCCUGCCGUAUUGUCAUACUUUUUCGACGAAUGUACAUUAUUUCAAAUGAGUGGCAUGUGGUCCGUCAGUGGUAAAAAAUAGUCAAACUCUUAUAAAAAUACUGAGAUGGUCAUUAUUUAAAAGGGGAAAACAUAUUUGAUUCUUUAAAACUUAUUUCUAUAUCUUAAUUUAUGUCUUUUACUGAUGGUAAAACUGUUUUUCCUCUUGCCUAGGACCAAAAACCUCAGUCAAGUUGGACCUGUCUUAGCCUUUUGUUGAGUGUCUAGCUAUCUGCAGCUGAUUAGGAAUCUUCAAUGACAUAAGUCACUUCCGCGUAUGAGGUGAUUCGGGCAUAACGGUGCUUGAACUUAUAACGAGCAUGUUGAUAAGACAUAGUCAAAUAUCACGACUGUUGCACCUAACCGUUUACUGGCUAUAAAAAUGAAUACCCUUCGCGAUCGUUUUCAUGGUACGUAACAAACAAAGUUAUAUACAGCAGGAUAAAAAACAGUGUCCUUAUUGUGCGGUGCCGAAAAUCAUAUCUAGGGGCUUUGGCUACACUAUGCAAUCGACACACGAAGCACUUCAGCAAUAUUCCUAAUCACGCAUAAUUCAUGGAUUAUUUAUUCUACACCUAAUGAGAAACAAUCAGUCCACGUCCACUUUGGAACAACCGCAGUAACAACAGCACGCUCGGCAUAACCAUUCAUCAAUGCGCGGUCCUGGAGGGAACUGAAAAUGCGUGUCAAUCAAAAGGAAUCAGUUCAUUUGAUGUUGGGUUAGCGUACGGUUUUGUCUGUCCUUCGAUACCGUAAACAAGCGUGCACUGCGCUACCUUCAAAGGAUGUUUACUAAAGGCUUCAUUGUUGCGAUAACGCUAGUACACAUGUGGUUAGGCACGUCGUGCAGUUUGGAGCGUAUGCUCCCCGAGGAUACACUCAUAGGACCGUUGGUUGAACAAGUGAUGCGUUCGCUGCUGUUGCGCUACUUUCGAAGUGCACGUUUGCUUCUGCUUGGUUGCUAUAGUGAGCUUGGUGAACCAUCUGACGAAUGUACAAGAAGACGAUCGACCUGGGCCUGGUUCGCAUUUCUAAGCCUACUUUGUAACACUUGCAGGGUUCUCCCUUCUUGAAAUUCCCCUACUGACAUUCACACACGAACUGGCGGAUGACGGAUUCAUGGAUUGGAUUCAACCGACGGUAGAAGAUAAUGAUCAGCUCAUCCAACGCAUGAACAGUACUGGUUUCCUAAGUGCUCGAGACAAUCUGUUUGUAAUGCCGGACCAUGCCGAAGUAGGAGUAGUGCUCUUGUUCACUACAGUGCGCCACUUUGCACGUUACUGUCAAGAUCGCCAUCCAUUGCAUGAGCGUGAGCGUUAUGUGCAUUCAAACUAUUUGGUGUUCAUACAGCAGUCAAGCUAUUCGCUAGAGGAACUACGCCCAACCGUUUACUGACUAUGGCGCUACAGCUCUAUUCUAAAUCUCGCCAUAUCUAUUGGGCCACUUACCGACCCAACGGCAGAUGGUAUAGUAUGUUUGGGGACCGGGACGGGAAACUAAUUUCAAAUUCUAACUCCUUCUUUCGUUUAGAAGCUACACUUCUUCAAUCCCUUUCAUGCAGAGGAAACCGAACAGCUGUUGACGUUCUAUGUUGGGGAGGAUUUUGCGAUGAGUCCUACCGCUGACAAUAAGCUAAACAUCUUUAAUGGCAUACCGAUACGCUGUACGGUAUUUCCACGAAAUCCAACACUCCUACCAUGGGACAGUCUGCCCGCGUCAUUCCGUGAGGUGCAUUACGUACAGCAGUCCGUCCGAGCCUCCAAUGGGUCGGGUGGGCUGGACGGGAUGUUGUUGGGCAAUUUGGCAGUGGCGCUGAAUUUUACUGCCGAAACGAUGGACGCCUCGGAUGGGCAGGAAUAUGGCUAUCGAUUGAAGAAUCAUACCUUUGUUGGAUCAUUAGGCGAUCUGCUGCAGUACCGGACGGAUGUAUCAUUUAACGUUCGCUUCAUGAAGUACUACGAUACUCACGGAAUCGAGUUUUUGCACCCAAUAUACUCUGACCAGCUGUGCAUCCUGUCUCCAAAAUCGUUGGAAAUUCCGCAAUGGUUGGCUAUUUUUCUCUGUUUUCAUCCGUACGUUUGGACGUCGUUUGUAGUGGUUGGAUUUGCCGGCGGUUACUGUUGGUACCUGCUGAAGCGCUGGACCUUGCGCAAAGUGAGUCGCUAUAGACAGCAUUUGCUGAAAGGGGAUCGGGCCCAAUACACUGUACUAUCGAUCGAGAUGUGGCUGGUACUGCUCGGUGCAAGCUCUACCUAUUUGCCAGUGCGGAUGAUCGAAAGGACACUUCUAGUCGCAUUCCUGAUAGCCAACGUUAUUAUCUCCGGUACAUUCCAGGGCACCUUAACUACAGCGUUCAGCACGAAAUCGUACUACAAAGAUCUGAACACGCUGGCAGCACUGGACAAGUCGGAAUUGCCAAUCGCCACCUCCUCCCGCUCGCUGCUCGACAUAUUCGGUAACGAUUCGCUCAGCCCAUUGUACCAGUCGCUGAAGGGGAAGCUUCAAAUCUUGAACGAAUCCGCCCGACAUCGGGCUGCGUUUCAGCGGGAUGUGUGCUGCAUCGAGCGUCAUUCGGACGUGCAUCUGAUCAUUAACACAGAAUACAUUCGACCAAACGGACAGCCGAUGCUGCACGUCGUUGAUGAAUGUCCACGAGUGUACUCGCUGGCGUACAUUGUUCGAAAAGGGUGGCCAUUCGCACCACUGUUCAAUGCCGCCAUAUAUCGGUUCGUGGAGUCGGGUCUGUGCAUGAAAUGGUACGAAGACACCGAGACGGCACUGAUCCUGCAGAAGCGCAUCAGACAGCUGAGGGAGCAGGAGGAAGAACCGGCACUUCGAAAGCUCACCAUGAUCGAUAUGCAAACAUCCUUCUACAUCAUGGGUCUGGGAAUGUUGCUCAGCUUUAGCUUAUUUAUCGUGGAAACGUUUGUCGGAAGAGGCCUUAAGUGUAGCCAACUCUAGAAUGGAAAGAAGCUUAUCAUACGUUCCUUUGUGUUUAGGGCAAAUUGUUUUCUAGUGUAUGCAUUGAAAAGCAAUUUUUGUAAAUAAAGCACUUAAGGCACAUUACAGGGAUUUCAGGGGUUCUCAUGUUAACAGAUCACGGAAAGUGAACUUAGUAUGAUGGGAAGUGGACUUUCCGAUAUUCUUGUUAGGCAGGCUCAUUUUGAAUCCAGUAGGCUCCUCCAAUUCCAAUGGCCCUGUCUAAGUAGGCUUCCGUUGAGUCCAAUUCCCAACACAUAAAGUUCACUUCUUGUACAAAAAAAGAGUCAAGAAAGUGUUCUUAAAUUACGAAAAAUCCUGUAUCGGAAUGGUGUUAAGGUAUUCUGCUGCACUUCCUGUUCGAAGCAUAAAAUAACAGAGACAAGUUAAAUACCCCGUAAAACCAUAUUUUACUAAAUUUCCAUAUUGUCAGCACUGGAUGGACUGGAUUUCUUUUUUGAAUUUGAAUUUCCACCACUGUUGAGGACGUUUGAAUAGGCGUCUAAUUCGCUUGAGAAUGUGAAGAACACGACGGGAUUAACGGUGCUUUUGAAUCACUUGCCAAAAUAUUAUCAUUUU